UCUCACAGAACGGCUGCUUCAGUUCAGUUUCUUCGUGGGGGAAAGUGCACGAACAAUUUUGUCAAUGACCUCUGAAAGGUGUUUAGACGAUUCUUUCUGGAAUCGUAAUCAAUAUAAAUGCCAGCUAUGCGAGACUGAAAAUGAAAUUAUAAAAGGUUUCGAAUUCAGUCCAAACUGCGGACUGAGCGAUAAUGGAGAUACGCUUGCUAGAAUGUACAAACAAUGCAAUUACGGAACGUUUAACGACGGAUCUUUCGUUAAAUGCCAAAGAUGUAAAUCUUGCCCAUCGCCGCAGUUGACUGCAUCUAUUUGCAGCGCCACAUCUGAUGCCGUCUGCUGCAAAGAAGGGGAACAGGUUUCACAGGGCCGAUGCAUCGAUCGACCAUUGCAGACCACCGUAAUAACCACUGAGAGUGGACCUUUUGCUACAACUGCCUCUGUGAUUGAUCACACCACAUCCAUUGCCAAUCCAGCUGCCUCUGUGUUCAAUCCUACAAAUAUAAGUGUGACAGGGAUCUUUGUAUGUGCUGGGAUUGUAUCCACGCUUACUGUAAUAUAUCUGCUGAUGCUUAUCAGGAGGCGGAGGACAAGACGUUUUAAUGAAGAACUUAAAAACUGCUGUAAUGAAGCAAUUCGGGGAAAAUUGCCCAAAAAGAAUAUUGCUGAAUUCGUCUCGUACAAUUUAAUCAAAGAGAGCAGUAAAAAUGACCACGUGACUGGAUCUUCAUAUAAUCUGUUAGCUCCUGAGGUCCAGGAUGCCCCUCUCAAAACAGUGCUCAACAACCUGGAUGUUCUAGAGGAGCUUGUGUUGGUGUUAGACCCUGACAUCUCUGGUGCUAAGAACACGCGACACCUUGCUGCCCAGUGCUCCUUUUCCUUUGUCUGGAUCAACUAUGCUUAUUCCAUGAAGGACCACAAAAGCCCACUCGUUGCUGUAUUAGAGGGUGUUGUCACCAAGAAUCCAGACUGGACUGUUGGUCACCUUGCUGGGCUGUUAAACAGCAUUAAUCGCAAUGAUGCAGUGGAGAUUUUAGCAAAGCUCCCUGCGAUAGUGGAAAACUGAGUGCUGGAACUGAAGACACAUGCAACCCGAACCAACCAGGAAGCAUUCCAACAUUUAAUGUUAUGAAAAGGGAAACAGAUGUUUGACUGUGUUGUAAAAACAAAGAGUACAUGUAAUUCAUUAUUUCGUUAAACAGAGCUCCCCCAUUUUAGUUUUUGAGUUUCACUGCAUAUGCAUAAGCAUAACACAACAUAUUAAUAUUCUGCGUUUAUUUACUUCUAUUUCUUCUAAUCCUAUUUUUACAAUGAUUUUUCAUUAAAAGACAUUCUACAUUAUGUUGAUUUGUAUUCUGUUAAAUUACCAUAAAUGUAGAGCACAAAAUAUAUUAAUUAAUAUCUUGUAUUAAUAUUAUAUAAUAAAUUUCCCUUUUAUUU